AAUACACCAAAUAAGUACACACGAGAUCCAAUCACACUGCUUACUCCUUUCCGACGUAUAAAAAAAAACUUCUUACCAGUAGCCUAGGUAUUGACGUUGGAAUUUGGCUUCCUUUCACAUGGAUCCAGGUAUGUCACAAUCUUCUUUCCGUUGUUUCCUUUGUAUUUCUAUGCGUGAUCGCUUAGUGUGGUGUUACCUGAUACUUGUUCCACAAGUUGGUUGCCUGAACAUUUAAUCGGUUGUUACCAGAGGAAACCAUGAUCGGAAGAUCUGAGAAUGAGUUGCCGGAUUUCUUUUCGAUGUUGCCUGAAUCACUUACUCAUCACAUAUUGUCAUUCCUUCCGUUCAAGCAUAUCGUCCGUACUUUAGUCUUGUCUAAGAUGUGGAGUCGCAUUUGGUUCAAUUACCCUAACAUCGAUUUGUUUUUAAAUGAGGAGAGUUACAAGCGUAGACGACAUCGACGCUCUUUCAUAGAUCACAUUAAAUCAGUCAUGGAUCAAUGCAUUCUUCGAAAAGCUUGCAUACAUAAGUUGCAGUUAAAAGUUUAUGCUGAUAACCUGGAGGAGUUGGCCCCCAUUAUGGAUCAGUGUUUGAGGGCUGCAAUUGAGAGGAAUGUUUCUGAGCUAGUGUUUGAGAUGAAUUUUGCUCCAACCACUUACUAUAAUAUUCCGAAGGAAGUAUUUGUCUCUAAUUCACUGAAGGUAUUAGAGCUUGAGGGGUGUAAGUUUGACGAUAGUUUUUCCUGCACUAAUCUUCCACAUCUACAGAAGCUCACAACCAUGCAGUGCCUGUUUGCCGGUGAGAACGUCUUAUCCAAGAUUUUAUGUGGCUGUCCUGAGUUGGAGUAUAUGCAAGCUUUAGUAUGUGAAGGCAUGAGAAGAUUUCUCUCGGUUUCUUGUAAACCUAGAUUGAAAUAUUUUCACAUUGGGUGUUUCGACGAGCUCGAGAUGAUUGAGAUCUUUGUACCUAGUCUUGAAACGUUAAAAUGUGAUAUUCCAUAUUCAUGUUCCAUUGACUUGGCUAGCUGCACUCUACUCAAACAUUUGGAACUAGACCAAGCUAUCCUCUCUUCUGAUUAUGUCCCUGUUCAGUAUCUUUUAUCUAACCUUCUCCAAAUUGAAGAAUUGCAUUUGUCUAACUGUAAAACAGCUGACAAAAUUCAAAUCUCAAGUCCAUGCCUCAAGAGACUUGUCAUGAUGGAGCGCGAAAGCUUUCCUGGUGCUGAACUUGACAUCCCAAAUUUACUUAGUUUAGACUUCUUUUCUAUGGGUGAAUGUAAUUUGAAUAACCGGUUCAGUUCUUGGAAUGUUCCCAAGGUAGAAGAAAUUCACAUGCUGUUUUCUGUUAAAAGCUUUCAGAGUUCUUGCAGGAGUGGACUGAAGGGGUUCCUUAGGCAGUUACAAAAUUAUGAAGAUGUAAAAUUGAUUCUACAGUGCAGAGGUAAACAGGCAGUUGCUAGAAUUCUUCUACUGGUGAAGACGAUGAAUGAAGAACAGAAUAUUCCGUCUGUUCUUGCGAUUUCUUCGAUGAUCAGGUGUAAGAAGAUGAUACUGAUCCACUUUACAAACUGGGUUAUCUUUAAUUGAUGAUUCUUUCAAUUGCUUUAAGAACCGCCAUCCUGGCUCAUACUUAGUUGGAACCCCCACAACUUUUUAAAUUCUAUGGUUAUAGUUUUUUUUAUUUUAAUCUAUAUAGAGAAGGUUGUUGAGGUUCUGGUCAUCUCUGUAACACUAAUUGACACACAAGAAAAUUGAGAAGCAUAUAAUUAUACAUGCAAGGUUUACUGUAUCAUCUUUGAGUGGUUCAAUGGUGGUAAGUGAUAAGGGUGCUUGUCCAUCUAAUGCACACGAUAGAAUGGUAUUCAAACGAAGAUCAGUUGAAUAUAUGAGAUCUACAUUUGGCGCCAUAUUUGAACUACCCAUAGUUGGCAGUUGGCAGUGAGAAGUCUAUCCCUCCCUCUUUAAUAAUGCUGAAAACUUGAGCCCAAUACUUAUUUGGUCGGCCAUCGCUGGUAAUUAAUCUUUUCUGAUUCUGUGAGUUUAAGGCUGGUUCUGUUUGAUCACCUUGCCCCUACUUUCUCUCCCUAAUCAGCCACUGGGGCUGCUUCUUGCUUUCUCCGCCAUGGCAGGCGGAGGCCGUGAAAGCACCUCUUUAUUCAUGUACCAAACGUCCAAACAUUAACCUAGAUUAAGUUCAGUUCCUCCAUGUCCAAACAAGAUAAUCUUCCGUUUCCUAAAGGGGGUAUUUUUGAACUGCUUAAGAAAUUUUCAGGUUAAAUAAAAAUUUUGUUACUUAUGAGGCUUUGGCUAUGUUUAGAUGGACUUAUUUUGACCCUCACACACUGGAUCAGUCUAGACCACCAUGAUAUACUCCCUCCAUCCCGAAAAGGUUUGCCAAAGUUGACUUUCACGUGGAUUAAUAAAGUAAAAACUGUGUGGUUGGAAUUUGUGCAGAAGAGAGAAUUAACUUUAGCCACAUUUUCCUUACUUUAAAUGGAAAUGACAAAUCUUUUCGGGACAUCCAUAAAAGGAAAUUUGUCAAACCUUUUCGGGACGGAGGGAGUAAUAUAUUACUGCCUCUAUACCUUAAAACAUUGUCAUAUUUGAAACUUGACCAACUAUAUAUUUUUAUCGGAAACUUUUUAUAUUAUAAAAAAAUAUGGAAAUUGAUAGAGAGCAGAGAGAUCAAGGGGUGGGAAUGGCUUGGGCCCACCUCCACGGGCUAGUUGUGGGCUAGGGUUAUAGUUUUACAUAUUAUUAUAAAAUUCAUGUUAUGUUUUUUAGUUUGGGCCUAUUAUUAGUUACGUAUUUAGUAGAGUUAGUAUGGGCUUAAUUAGGAUUUAAUUAAUUUGGGCUCAAUUAGGUUUUCCCUUAGAAGGGUAUUUAUACCCCUUUCCGGGGUUCAUUCUUGCAUCUUGGAAUAAAAUUGGUUUUAGACUUUUGGCUCUGUGAAACGGUACUUUUAUCGUUGAUUAUUUGGACAACAAUAAAGCAUGAAGUCUAUUUAGCAUAAACCCGUUGAUUUUUUUUAUUUUUCGUUUCACAACAAUUGGUCCGACCGGCCGGAUCCCGUCCCACUAGGAUGACGAGAUCUCAGAAUCAGCGCUUACCAAGGCGAUCAUUCCGCCAGUCACUACGGAAACAAGCCCGUACGCGGUUGGCAGCCUCUUUGUAUCUGCGUACAACAGCGACAGACAGCUGCACAACGUCACUUCCUCUUUGGCUGCGCUCACAAAGGCUCUCGUGCCGCCCGCGACGAAGGAGCAUUCAACGGCGGUGGCUUCAAUUGACGCGGCAGCAGCAUCCUCGUUCGGAAUUGGACUGUGCAACACCUUUCUCGCAAUGAUGCCCUCAUUUAACGGAGAAGAACCGAUCAACUGGGUUGAUAGGGUUGAGCAACAGUUCAAAUUGAAUUGUACUCCUCCAGGAAAGGUGGCAACUGUUGUAGUUGCAAUGGAUGGGUCAACCCUAUAUUGGUUGACCUGGUCACGGGCACGAAAGUCGGGCAUGUCAUAGGAUGAGCUUGCACGGGCAUUGGUGGCUCGUUCUGACUCACGGUUUAAGGGCAAUUGCUUUGAACAGCCGCCAGGAGGCAAGUAGGCAGGGAUUGUGGAGGAGUACAUCUCAAUUUUCGUAAAGAUACUGGGCAGCCCCCUGGGACAAAUGUGUGCCGGUUUAUGAACUUCAACCUUGAGGACAAAGUUGUUUCGAAGGAAGAUGGACUGAUCGAGAGCAAAGAGAUCAAGGGGCGGGAACGGGCUUAGGCUCACCUCCGUGGGCUGGUUGUGGGCUAGGGUUAUAGUUUUAUUUAUUAUUAUAAAGUUUAUGUUAUGUUUUUAGUUUGGGCCUAUUAUUAGUAGAGUAUUUAGUAGAGUUAAGGGGUGCUUGGAUCUGAUUCUUAAAACUAUUUCUGCUCCUUCAGGGAGCAGAAGCAGAAGUUGGAGUGUGAGUGAAAGUGCAGAAGCGAAUCUGGUGCUCUAAUUUACUCCCAAUCAGUUUUUUUAGAAGCUGAGGGCGACCUACUUCUGAAAACUAAUUCUGAUUCUGCUUUUGCUUUUAAAAAAGAAGCAAAAGCAGAAUCAAUUCCAAACACUUCCUUAGUAUGUGCUUAAUUAGGAUUUAAUUAAUUUGGGCGCGAUUAGAUUUUCUCUUAGAAGGGUAUUUAUACUCCUUGCCGGGGUUCAUUCUUGCAUCUUGGAAUAAAAUUGGUUUUAGCCUUUUGGCUUUGGACAACGGUAUUUUUAUCGUUGAUUAUUUGGGCAAUGGUUUACCCCGUUGAUUUUUUCUAUUUUUUGGUUCACAACAGAAAUGUUCUUUGUUAAAAGUACUUUCAUACAAGUAUAAAAUUUAUAACUUCCGUAAUACUAUAUUAACCAAAAUCACAAUCCAAACUUUACGAGAUGAUAAAGUUUUUAGGAACGGAGGUAGCAUGUUUCAGUAUUCUUAUUACAAUGAUCUAUUCAUUUGGACUAGAACUUUCUUGUCUAGUCUGGCCUACACUAACCUGAUUUCUUUCGGUCUGGUAUGAUAUGGUCCCUUAAGCUCUUUCUAUUUUGGUCUAGUCUAGUUAUAUUUGAUAACAACAACAUUCAAGCCUUAAUCCCAAAAGAUUUUGGGGCCGGCUAACAUGAAUCGAUCUUUGAUAGAGAUGCCAAAAAGAGAAGACAGACAAGAAGAAAAAAAGAAUAAAACGAAUAAGAUAAAGAUAAAUAAAUAUGAGAUAACAAUAACAUAAGAAUAUAAGAAAAAUAAAAUAUUAAAAGAUUGCUAGAAAAUAAAAAUAACAUAAGAUCAUUAAAAGACAGAGAAGAUAAAUGAUAGUUCAAGUCUAGUUUGGUGUAGUAAAUCCGCUUUGAUCUAAGCUAGACUGGUAUGAUAUGACCCGGUCUACUUUAUAUAUUUCUUGUUCGAUCUCUUGUGCUUGCUAUGUUUUUAUGUAAAUUUAUUAUGGUGAAAGCCAAUUCAUUAAUAAAUACGGAGUAUGUUAUUCAGUAUGAUUAUCUUUUUUUGGUCCAACAAACUAUAAGAUUAUUAUUAGCAUGUGCAUAUACCUUUAUUUUUACAACCAAUUGAAAUAAUACUCCAUAAAAUUAAAGUGUGAGAUUUAAUAAGUACAAUAUAUAUUGUAUAUUCCACUGCUAUUAAAAUGUGUAUAUAUAUAUAUAUAUAUAUAUAUAUAUAUAUAUAUAUAUAUAUAGGGAACGGUUCAGGUGAGAGCACCCUCUUAGGAGAGGAAAAAAGAACAAGAUCGGACCCUCCAUUCUCUCAAUCGUGCGGCUGGGAUGACCAAAUUUGUGAAUUAAAAAACGUACAUGAUACAAGGAAAGACCUCAUUUCAUUAAUUAGGAGGGGCAUUGAUGUCAAAUAAAUUCAAAUAUGAUUUCACACGUGCCACUAUAUUCGGAAGUUUUCCUAAGAAAUAGGAUAAGCAUUUCUUAUCUCCAUAAAUAUUUCCGAUCCAUAAAAACUUUUCUUUUUUCAAUUUGCAUCCUAUUAUUUACGUUUAAUUAAUCUACUUUUUAUACGAAAUCCUUUCUUAAUGAAAUCACUUUCGUCAAUAUGCACUUUAACGUUGAUAGAAUGCACUUUAAUUCAAAAUUAUAAUUACGAUUAAUUAAUUUCACGUUCCCAUGUAUAAUUUGUAUCGUUCACUUUAGUUUUAUGCACUAAUAGACUAGUGCACUGGUGUUUAAUUUACUUAAUGCUAUUCUAUUAAAAUAUAAUAUAUUUACAAUUGUGCACCACGGGAAUUUUAAAGUGCAAUGAUGAACAUGUUAUUCGCAUAGGACUAUGUUCCCUUUAGAAUUUAGAUAUAAUUAUGCAUCAAAGUGUAAUUGAAGUGAAUUGGAGUUAAUUAUUAAGACUUUGCACCUUCAUGAAAUGCAAUGUGAUGAGCAUAUAAGUGCAUCAAGUAAUAUAUCAUACAUUUUUGUAAAUAAUUUUUUUUGUCUCAUUAACAUGCACUUUUUCUCUCAUGACAUGCACGUGUUAUUCCAUUAAAAUGCAUUUAUAUGCAAAUGUUUAUGUAGCAAUUAAUCUCAUAUAUUUGUGCAUGACUAUCAUAAAACAUGAAAGAAGCAUUCACACAAAUACACAAGCUAAAAAAUAGUAAACUAAAAACGAGAAGAUGGACCUUACGUGUUUAAACAUGUGCAAUAAAAGGUUGUUAAAAGUGCACAAUAUUUAAUAGAAAAUGAAAUGCACUCAUAGUACUUUAUAUUGCUAUUAAUUAAUGGAUUAUAAGAAUUAUAAUACGUAAAAAAGUAGAAAGAAAGAAAUAAAACAAAAGAAUAAUAAUUUAAAAGGAUAAAUCCUACCUAAUGGAUAAGAACAGAGAAUUAAAUGCAUCACUAAAAUAGGAAGAAGUAAUACGAAUGCAAUGAGUGAGUAAAAUAAGGAAACAUAGUAAAAUGUCAUAUUAGUCCAAAGAGUGUUUCCGUGAUUCUUCCUAAAACUAGAUUAAUCUAACGAUUGUUAUUUAUUCUUUUUCCCUCUCCUAAGAUUAAGUUCUCACAUGAACCUAAAUCUAUAUAUAUAUAUAUAUAUAUAUAUAUAUAUAUAUAAACUUUACAUAAUGCCAAGUCAGAGUAUCUGACUAAUUCACACCCGUCAAAACCAAGUUUAACCAAACCAAGCAAGAGCAAUUCACAUCAGACUAGACUACGGAAUCACAUAUUGCCCGAUAUGCUAAACUUUUAGGGUGUAGUUGACACUCCUUUUGUUAUCCCUAAUCUCAAACUUGCUCCAAUGCCAGCCUUUAGUAUCAGUAAUAGUAUUAGUAUUAUCAUUAUCAUGGUUAUGAUCAUGAUCCUCAUAAUAUAAUUAUAUAACUAUUACUGUUAUUAUAUCGUGUAGUAUUGUUGUUGCUGCUGUUAUUGUUGGAAAAAGUUUGUUAAAAUUGCAUUAAAUGGUCAUUUUGGGGCAACUUUUUGAGUGGGGUCCACUUCCGAUUUGGGUCGGGUCAAAGUGGUUUCGGAUUGUCCUUAGGGCUACAAUUCGAUAUAUGGUACGCUCAAAACGGAUAACGGGUGAAUGAGAAAUCGCUUUUCGAAGUUUACCCGUUGGAAUGGAGAAAACUAGGAAAAGGUGGGUUUUAGUGUGGGUUUUUUCCACACCGAAAAUCACAAGGGAAUUUGAACCCUUUAUAAAGGGAAACCCCCCCUAAGGAGUUAAGAUUCCUAAAGGGAAAGGCCUCUCUCACGCGCGGGGGGGGGGGGGGGGGGUGCGGAUCAAAUCCCGAAACCGGAGAACAAAAAGCGCGACUUGCGUGUGCGGGCGACCUGCACACACGAAUGCCGUCCAAAAAUCUAUCUUCUAAAGAUAACGUUAAUUUUUGUUCUUCCGUAAUGUUCUUAUUUUUUUGCUCCAUUAACUGCCCAACGUUCAUAUGCCUUAAUGCAUGGAACUGGAACGUUUUCUGGACAGAUUAGUGCAAACGAGCUGGCUAUUGAAUGCCAACGUUCAUGUGGACGUUUAGGACGAUUCAAUACCAGCAUGGUGGCCAUUGAUGUCCAACGGCCAACUCCAUUAAACGCCAUUAACAUGCAAACGUUCAGCCAACAAAGCCACCCUAUAAAUAGGCUAGCAGGUGCUUUGCAAAGGACACACGUUCAUACACUUCGUACACAUAUUUUCAGAGCAAAAACCACCUCUAGCAUUCCAUAAAAACUCUUCUGUGUUCUGAGCUUUGUUCACGUUCGUUGGAACUUUCGUUUGAGUGCUCAAACGCUUGUUCGUAGUCAUCGUAUCUUGGGAAACGAUUCUUGCAACGCUCCUAGCACCCCGGGAGGCAAGGAAUACGUUUUAAGGAAAUCGUGCGUAGCACGAGCUUUGGCUUAUUCUGCUUCAUCUCAUUUCUUGUUUUUUUUAAGUCAUUUUAUUUAAUUAAUUUUUAUUAGUUAAUUUUCUUUGUUUUUCGAAACACACCCAACAGUUAUCAUAUAACAUCUAGAAUUUAUCGUUGAAUUUAAAUGCUGUUUACAGGAUCUAAUUAUGCAUGAGAAACUGCAAGCAGUUUCCUUUUCUUCUCUGAAUAAAUUCUUAAAAAAAGCACAGCCAAAAUUUGUGCUUAUAUCAUCUAGAAGAGAUGAUUCGUUCUUGGCUCGUUUGCUGGUUUCUAGAGAAGACAGUAUUAGUCUAUCCAUGAUAUGUUCAUCUCGCAGAAGCAUAGAGUUGCUGCACAAGAAAUUGAGCAAUGAAUCAUUUCUCAAGUGUUGGUAUAGCGAAUUUCAGCUAGUUUCUAUUGGGGAGAUAGAGCAUGAAAUGGACUCUGAUUGGAAAUCCUUCAUUAAGACCCAUUCAACAGGUUACCACACUGCUAGAAUAAAUCUCAUCAGGAGAGGUGGAUGCACAUGAUCUGUUUAAUUUAGCACGUGUUUGAAAGAGCGCUAGGUGGUGGCCCCUGACCGGGCUUAAUCUGGCCUUGAUGGGCCCAUAAGAAGAAGAAAAAAACUCUAGUGCAGCUUGCUGCUUAUAUUCACAUCAAUCAGAUGAUACUUGGUAUCUGUAACAUUGCGCUUCUGCAAUGACAAUCCAUUCUAAAAGGUGUUGAGUCUUUACAUUCUUUAUAAUAGUUAGUUUUUGGUGGGCCCUGACCGGGCUUAAUCUGGCCUUGAUGGGCCCAUAAGAAGAAGAAAAAAACUCUAGUGCAGCUUGCUGCUUAUAUUCACAUCAAUCAGAUGAUACUUGGUAUCUGUAACAUUGCGCUUCUGCAAUGACAAUCCAUUCUAAAA